AUGGAUUCCUCUGAACAGAAUGUAACUGGCAGUUCCGCACAGAAGUUUGAUGCUGCCCUGCACUGGAUACUGAACAGUAACAAGGAUUUAGGAAUAUGGUUGAAAGGCAGAGACCUUUCGGAACCGGUUACCAAAGUGGAGGAAGUGUUCUGUCUGGAAUCAGCCCAUCCUCAGAUGGGGCUUGGCUGCCGUUUCCGUCGGGCCAUGGUCACUGCCAUUAUGAACCUUUUCCUGUUCUUCUGGAGUCUGAUAACUCUUUGGGGGAUCCUGAUCUUCCUUAGGUAUCGCUGGCGGAAGAUGGAGGAAGAGGAACAAGCCAUGUAUGAAAUGGUGAAGAAGAUCAUAGCUGUUGUCCAGGAGCACUACAAGGAAUGGGAACGGAAUUUGGAGCGUUACCCCUACGUCGGUAUUUUCCACGUUCGCGACAGCCUCAUCCCUCCUCAGAGCAGAAAAAAGAUGAAGCGGGUCUGGGAGAGAGCUGUGGAUUUUCUGGCUUCCAAUGAGUCACGGAUUCAGACGGAGUCGCACAGAGUAGCAGGAGAAGAUAUGCUUGUGUGGAGAUGGACUCAGCCAUCUUACGUCUCUGAUUCAGAGCACUGAGGAGGAGCAGAAGUCGAGCAACCGUUGAUGUGGACCUCUGCGAGGGGACAGUCCCUUCUCUGGUGGUGGGAAAGAGCAGGUUAUGGUCCUAAUCUCCGAGGGCUGGGGAUAGCACAUAUCCGUUUGCUCUUCUUUCUGAAAAUCUUCAUGUGCAGAAAUUCAGGGCAAUAACGUUGGCUUGGAAAGAAGAUGGGCUUGAGCUGGUGGGAAGCUAGAACUGCACCAAAGUUAGCCUUCCAGCAGAUAUCUGGCUUCUGUGGGCAAGCAAACCUAGAACAACUUUUUAAAAAG